AUGGUCUUCUUGAAGUACGGAGAGUCCAACUUCGUGAUCUUCGAUCGAAAGCCGAAGGUUGGAGGCAUGGCUUGGUGGGACCAGGCCAACGUGACGUCCAAACUUCAGACCGAGCUGGGCGUCUACCACCUUGGCUUUGAUGAGACCUUGCCUUGCCCGGAGAACGACUACCCCUGGCCAUCUCGCGAUGAACUACUGGCAAUGUUCCAGAAGGGGGCGGAGGAGUAUGGGAUUCUUCCAUAUUGCCGUCUCGGCACCGAGGUCCAGGAUGUCAAGGCAGAAGGCCAGAAGCUGGACACCAAAUAUGAAGUUACGAUCCAGAAGCUCGAUAGCGACGGCAAGGCCGAGAAGCUGGCAGCCGAAGGGGUUUUGAUGUACCCAGGGAAUCUGUCACUUCCACGCAGAGAAGAGUACAGAGGGGAGGAUGAGUUUGGUGGAACCAUUGCGUACGGCAUGUUCGACGAGUUUGGCUACAAGGAGGCCACAGGCAAGGACAUCGCCAUCGUCGGCCACGGCGCGUUUGCUGUCGAAAACGUUCGAAGCUGCUGCGAGUUUAGUUGCAAGAAGAUCUACUUGGUUUGCCGGCGCAAGAACAUCGCGUGCCCGCGCUAUGUCUCCUGGCUGGCGAACCAGUCACAGUCCGCACUUUCUGCAAGUCUCUUCCUGCAUGCCAUGAAGCCCAUGUAUGACCUGAUGGGCUGGGACGUGUGGAGCUACUACGCCGUCCAAGGAAAUGCGAACCGAUCCAACUGCUACAUCCAGCAGAAGGCCCGCUUCGGCAUCGGUGACGUCUACUUUUGCGCCCUCUCCUGGGGAAAGCUCGAGGUGAUCGAGGACCCCAUGGGGAUCAAACGGCUAAGCCACCACGCACUGCAUUGCGGGUCCGGUCGCAAGAUAGAUGUGCAGUGCAUCCUUAAGCUCCUCGGUUUCGUGGGCGAUCCGUCGAAUGAUCGGGUCAUGAAGAUCAAGGAGAUGGUCGGGUUCUGGGUCAACGAGGAUCCGCGGAGAUAUCUCGUGGCUGAGCCUGUCAGUGUCAUGGCGACGAACUUCGGAGGCACCAGCUUCUCCCCUGGCGCGAUUUCCUGGGCCGAGAUGGGUAUGCACUUCAUGCACUUCCCCAAGGACUUCGCCGACAAGGUCCUUCCGACUGGGAUGCUGCCUCGUCACAAAGCUGACGAGACUGACGAGGGAACCUACAGACCCGCUUACGUGGUCGACGCAAGGCAUGGAACGCAGACUGGAGUGUUUGUUGGAUCCAUCAUCCCUUUCUUGAUGGAGAGAGGUGCCAUCCACUCGCAGAUCAAGGUUGAGCGCAUGUGGACGCUACAUCCUGUCGACAAGUUCAUCCAAUACUGCAAGGAGGACUGGGACCACUACUGCGAGAAGUUUUCCUUCGAAGGCCUAACAGGCCCACAGUUCCCGUACACUCCGGAGCAGGCCCACAAGUACCUCGACAUGUACCGCGAGGAGAACAGGGUAGCCGCGAAGGAGCAGGCUCCAUUCUACGAGGAGUUUGUUGACGGGCAGCUCAGGAAAGCGCAAAGUGCACGCUGA